AGUACCUGCACCGAAUGGAGACGGAGGAGGCACAGGAGAUGUCUCAGAUACCAGGUAAGAGCUUCUGUUUUCAGAACUGGUAGGGCCAUGUCUAGGUAGAAAAGAGAAGCACAACAUGAGUUGCACAGAGCCCAAGCUGAGUGGCACAGUCAUAGCACAUGUAAUGGAUUAUAGAUUACAUUUACAUUUUAGUCAUUUAGCAGACGCUCUUAUCCAGAGCGACUUACAGUUAGUGAGUGCAUAAUUAUUUUAUUUUUUUCAUACAUAGAUAAUUAUGGUUCUAACUUAUGAGCAAUAAUGAACCAUGUUCUGGUGACUAAUGGGUGUUUGCUGGUGCUUCCCCAUGUAGGCAGGGACAGCCCCACUCCCAAUGAUGUGUCUGAGGAGAACGACGAGGCCAUGCCCAUCCCAGAGGACCUGUCUGCUAGCUCCAAUCUGCAACACAACAACAGGGGUGACAAAGAAGGCAUGGGUGAGUGACAGAUCAUAUAAGUCUGUGCCACAUAAGUUUCACUGUGCUUCCCCAUUGCACCACUCCCACAUCAGUAGGCCUAUAACCAGUUAAGUUGUUACACCUAGACCAGUAUGGCCAUCAAACCUCUUUACCUGUGCACCCCAAAACCUAGCAGUUUCCAGAGCACCUUCAGAAAUAUUUAUACCCUCACAAGGACAAAAGUAGUAGCACUGUUGUUACUAAUAAUAAUGAAAAUAAUGAUGAUUUAAAAAUCAUGUGAAAUACAUGACGAAUACAUUAAUAAUUAACAACACAUGUUUGUUACACCCGCCUACACUUAAUAGAAAUUUCAGCACUUUUUUUACACAGUCCUCCCAUUUUAUGGCACCAAAGGUAUUGGGACAAAAUUCACUUAUAUGUGUAUUAAAGUAGUCAAAAGUUUAGUAUUUGGUCCCAUAUUCCGAGCACACAAUGACUACAUCAAGCUUUGACUCUACACAUUUGUUGGAUGCAUUUGCUGUUUUGUUUUGGUUGUGUUUCAGAUAAUUUUGUACCCAAUAGAAAUUAAUGGUAAAUAAUGUAUUCUGUCAUUUUGGAGUCAUUUUUAUUGUAAAUAAUAAUAUAAUAUGUGUCUAACACUUCUACAUUAAUGUGGAUGCUACCAUGAUUACGGAUAAUCCUGAAUGAAUCGUGAACAAUGAAAAGUGAGAAAGUUACAGAGUCGUAAAUAUCACCCCCCCCCCCCCCCCCCCUUCCCCCUCCCCAAAACAGAAAAUGCUAACCUCUCACCAUUACAAAAACAGGGUAGGUUAGCAUUUUUUGGGCGGGUUAUGAUAUUUAUGCCUCUGUAACGUUCUCACUCUUUCCAUGACAUAGACUGACCAGGUAAAUCCAGGUGGGGCGGCAGGUAGCUUAGUGGUUAAGAGCAUUGUGCCAGUAACCGAAAGGUCACUGGUUCUAAUCCCCGAGCCGACUAGGUGAAACAUCUGUCGAUGUGCCCUUGAGCAAGGCACUUAACCCUAAUUGCUCCUGUAAGUCGCUCUGGAUAAGAGUGUCUGCUAAAUGACUUAAAUGUUAUUGAAAUCCACUUCAUCAGUGUAAAUGAAGGGGAGGAGAGGGUGAAUGGGCAAGACAAAAGAUUUAAGUGCCUUUGAACGUGGUAUGGUAGUAGGUGCCAGGGGCACCUGUUUGAGUGUGUCAAGAACUGCAACACUGCUGGGUUUUUUGCACUCAACAGUUUCCCUUGUGUAUCAGGACAUCCAGCCAACUUGACACAACUGUGGGAAGCAUUGGAGUCAACAUGGGCCAGCAUCCCUGUGGAACGCUUUUGACACCUUGUAGAGUCCAUGCCCUGACAAAUUGAAGCUGCUCUGAGGGCAAAAGUGGGUGCAACUCAAUAUUAGGAAUGUGUUCCUAACGUUUUGUACACUCAGUGUAAGUGAAUUUGUCCGAAUACUUUUGGUCCCCUAAAAUGGGGACUAUGUACAAAAAGUGCUGUAAUUUCUAAACGGUUCACCUGAUAUGGAUUAAAAUACCCAAGAAAUAAAGCUGACAGACUCUACAAAAGAGCUUCACUUUAACCUCAUAGUCAUUGUAUCAUUUCAAAUCCAAAGUGCUGGAGUACAGAGCCAAAACAACAACAAAAUUGUCACUGUCCCAAUACUUUUGGAGCUCACUGUACAUAUCAUAAAAACAAAUGUGUUAGUAACAUAACUAUUUUGUUAGUAACAUAACAUUUCGUAACGGCAUCCCAACAAGUGGUUACCACAUGUAACAAAAAUCCCUUAGACCCACUCAUUACUUGCAAUCUGGCACUUAAUCAAACGUAGUUCUUUUGAACAUGUAAUCUAAAAGUUAUUGAUGCAUUUAGGUCAUUGGCAGGAAAGGUUGGACAUUUCUUUGAUCUGUCUCAUGAUGUGCAAAACCUUAAGGAAUGGCUAAUGUGCCCUUGAUAUGAGGAUGUUACUAAAUUAAGCCAGGGAAUAUCAUGGACAUAAUAUUAGCAUUAGUUGAUGUACAUGUUUAUUUAAACUCGGGACAUGACUGGGUUAUUAGGGGACACCAGGCAGCAUUUACCAGAUGGAGUUUUGGAAUUUGAAUUGUUGCUUCAUGAGUACAUUUGUGAAAAGCCCCCCUAGUGCUGCACUACCUGUAGGGAAACCAUAUCAUAUUUUAUGCCUAAAAGUACAGUAGCUCAUUCAACCAAUAGCUAUGGUAUGUUUGUGGGAUGUGUCGGUGAUCCAUUGUGAUAACUACAAUACACAGUAAGUGUUACUAUAAAUUGUGGUGUAAAAUUGGAAUGUCCUUCCUUCCAUAUUAGCUCCAGAUAGCUGUGUGGUGUAGUUUACCAUGGCACUUUGAGGCGGCACUUAGUCAAAAAUAACAUGUCAGAGCAGAGGAAACUGAAAUAGGAUGUGCAAGAGUUUCCUAAGAAGAACUUGCCAUCAGGCAGUUUCAACACUCCAGGAGAUAAAGUCUUCAGGAGCAGAGUCAAGUUUCGGAGAUCAGCACUGCACAUCACAGCGCAUCGCACCACCGCACUGCUAACGCACCUGCAAACACACUCACGCUUUCACUUCAACUGUCAAGCUUUUAACUCAGCAGCACACAUAAGGAACUCCAACCCUCGCCAGCAUGCCAUAGUUUACGAGAAGGAUACCCAUUGUCAUGCACCAGGAAUGUAUUGUAACUGCCAUACUUACCAUGAAGUACACAUGUAUCUUUAUCAAGAUUCACUUGGUCAAUGUGAAAACGUCUGUCAGCAUUUGUUGAGGAGCAAUCAUCACAAGACAUUUUGAAUCUUUCACCUCCAGCAGCUGCAAUUCCAAGGUUUAUUCAUGAUCCACCAACUGAUUAAAUUUCUGAAGCGUUACAUGGACUUGACCCUAUACUUCCAGAUAUUUUGGUAAUAAAUGCUCCUUUUUGGGGGGCUCUGUGCAAGUGUGCAGUUGAGCUAGAGAUGGAAGAGGAGGCCAUGGGAAACCCAGGCAUAUGCAGCUGUGGUUCACCCCCAGUCAGGCAUGGCUUUCUCCAUAUGACUGUCUUUGUGGCUGAGCCUAUGAUUAGUCAUUUCACUUGCCGUAUUUUACAUAUUAGGAAAAACAGCUCAAAUGACUCAAAUCUUCACUGAUGCACAAGGGGGACUAUGAUUUAGAGAUCACAGUCACACAGUUUAUAAUUUUUACACGCGUUUCCUAAGUGAAUUUAAUGAUUUUUGUCAAUAAUUUUGGGAAUGUUGAUACAGACAUUAUUCCACAGUACUUUCAACAUGUUUUUGUAAAUUCACAUACAAUGAGAGACGGUCAUCAGUGAUAAAAAUUAGAUACUGUAUUGUGUUCUUUGUUGAGUCUGUUUUUUAAGGAUGGGUUGUAUGAUUCUUCAUCUCUAUAUCUGGCCUUAUAGUAUUUUGAAGAGGUCCUGAAUCAGGAGAGAGGUCGGCCUAAACAUAGCCAAUAGUGUGUGUGUGUGUGUGUGUGUUUGUUGUAUGUGUUGGUCUUUGAAUGUGAGUGAGUGUAAGUGUUUGUGUAUGUGGUGCUCUGCACUCCUUGAAGAUCUAAUCACCAGUGUGAGAGGAAGUGACUGUUAUAUCUAUGCAGUGCAUCGCUGGCUCGCUGAUAAACCCCAAAUGCAUCAGGGAGUUAUUAUUAUCUGUCAGGAUCAUGUGGUACAGAGGCUAUGGGCCUGAAGUGCAGAGCGCACGCAGAACUGUGUAACUAAGACAGGGAGGCUGAAAGUAUAACGGAAGCUCAAGACCUCAAAGCCAGGUUGCUUUUUGCAGUUUUCCAUUUACUUUCCAAAGCCAGCAUAGGUUCGUCCUACACAGCUUCUCUAGGUUCAUCCUACAUAGCCUCACCAUAUGAUUCAACAAGCACAAAAAGUAUUCCCCUUGUGUGAGGAGUACAAGACAUAUCAUCACAGAAGUAUGCUUUACAAGUUGCCUUAUUGAAUUCAAUUGUUUAAAAAUAUAUUUGGUCAUUACAGUCACGCAGACAGUAAAAUGACAUGUCACAGUAUGUCUUUCUGGUGACACAAUUUCUCUUUCGGUAUGAAUCAUUCGGGUUAUUAAGUCUUCGCUACAACCGGGUCUAUUUCAGACCCGAGUGCUAAGCUUUUGAGUUCCCGAAAAUUCAAGGCUAGUAGAAAAGUACACUUUGUUUUUGGUGCUCCUAAUCAACACUGACACACUCAAAGGAGUCACACUCCAUGGCAUGUACGUGGUUUUACACGCAUGUGGUUGGUUCCACAGUCAAGCUAGCACACACUGGGCUAUUUUCAUCAGGCAGUGAGAAAAGCAGCCCAUUACAGGAACCUCCAACAGGCUAUUUUUACUUCCACACUAGAUAUCUAAACCAACACCAAUGGCUUGUUAUCAGUUACCUGGGUUUCCUAUUAUUUUGCUAUACUGAACAAAAAUAGAUUUUACUGAGUUACAGUUCAUAAAAGGAAAUCAGUCAAUUUAAAUAAAUAAAUUAGGCCCUAAUCUAUGUAUUUCACAUGACUGGGCAGGGGUGCAGCCAUGGGUGGGCCUGGGAGGGCAUAGGCCCACCCACUUGGGAGCCAGGCCCAGCCAAUCAGAAUUAGUUUUUCCCCACAAAAGGGCUUUAUUACAGACAGAAAUAGUCCUCAGCACCCCCCCAACCCCUCUCAGACAAUCCCGAAGGUGAAGAAGCCGGAUGUGGAGGUCCUGGGCUGGCAUGGUUACAUGUGGUCUGCGGUUGUGAGGCCGGUUGGACGUACUGCCAAAUUCUCUAAAACGACGUUGGAGGCAGCUUACGGUAUAAAUUAACAUUCAAUUCUCUGGCAACAGCUCUGGUGGACAUUCCUGCAGUCAGCAUGCCAAUUGCAUGCUCCCUCAAAACUUCAGACAUCUGUGGCAUUGUGUUGUGUGACAAAACUGCACAUUUUAAAGAGGCCUUUUAUUGUCCCCAGCAUAAGGUGCACCUGUGUAAUGAUCAUGCUGUUUAAUCAGCUUAUUGAUAUGCCCCAUGGAUGGAUUAUCUUGGCAAAGGAGAAAUGCUCACUAAUAGUGAUGUAAACUAAUUUGUGCACAACAUUUCAGAGAAAUACGCUUUUUGUGCGUAUGGAAAAUGUCUGGGAUUCUUUAUGAAACAUGGGACCAACACUUUGCAUUUAUAUUUUUGUUCAGUGUAGCUUGUGAACUUAGAAAUGUAGAGUCUCUUUUGUACCAAUGUAUCAAAUCAAUGAAGCUUACUAAGUAUAUGAUAGCCUACAGUGUUGAAAAGUAUGUGUUUAGUUCUUUAACUUCCAAGUCAAGUGAAUAAGCCCAUGGUUUUGCCAUGGAAGGUCUCUGGAAAGAUACUUGAGCUUCAGUGGUCUACACCAACCCUCAUGUUGUCGCUCUGGCCCUUCUCUUACCCACUAUCACAUAGCUGAGGUAGACAGCACUGAACCCGGAAAAGAAGAGGGAACUACUACUGCUGUGUUGCAGCUUCUCAGAGAUAUCCAGUAUGGGGAAGUUGUGACUAAAUUGGGGAUGGGAAGAAGGGCUUUUAGUUUAUAUCAUGUUUGUCACACGGUCACACAUCCUGAUUUACUUGUUUUGGGAAGCAAGUGUCAAAUCACACAGGGAAGGACAAACAAAGAGAUAAAUCUGCCUCUCAAUGUCAACGGCAGUCAUUUAAGUCAAAUUAGCAAUCAUUAUAAACCGGGUAGUUUGGGAUCUCGAUGCUGAUUGGCUGAAACAGCAUUUCAGCUUUGUGUAUAUCAGACAAUAUACCACGCGUAUGAUGCAAAAUACUUGUUUAGCGUUCUAUUUACAUUGGUAACCAGUUAAUAAUAACAAUAAGGCACCUCAGAGUUUAACACGGCUAAGGGCUGCAUCCAUGCACUCCACUUCGCAUCGUGCAGAAGAACACCCCUUAGCCUUAUUGCUUAAAUAUUCCACUAUGAAUGAUAUAGAACCAAAGGUUAACAGAAAGGCUCAGUGAGAUUCUAAACUCAAGAGAAACUCAAGAUGUCUGCAUUUACUUAGCAGAUGAUUAAAGAAUACAGUACUAUGGGCACAAAAACAAGAUCUUGCCUCUGUCAUUUUUACUAGAUGUUGAUAGUUAAGUAUGUUUUACCAUACUCUGGAAUUCUUAUCUUCACAUUGACAAAACAUCAUCAUCCCGCAAUAAGGUAAAGCGAAGAUUGGGGGUCAGCCUGAUGAACCAAACUACUCAGUAAUCUCCUCCAUAUAGCCUAACUCACACACAUUCACAUACACACAUGCACACACACAUUUUAACAAAACACAUAUUUAUUUAUUUUGUUAUUACAGAUCAAUUCAUUUAUAUAUUUACAUGCACACACACAUUUUAACAAAACACAUAUUUAUUUAUUUUGUUAUUAUUACAGAUCAAUUCAUUGAUAUAUUUAUAAUUAGUAGGUUUUGUUAUCUGUUUUAAAAAACGUUUUUAUUUUUGUACUUAUGUAUUGUAUAUUGUUUUUGUGGUGUGGUUUUCAUAUAAGCCCUUGGGCUUCCAACCUCACCUGCACACCGUUUUGUUUAAAAUAUAUUUUUUAAAUCUGUAUUGUUGUCUAUCACUUGUUUUCUUUGGUGCAAAUAAAUAAAUAAUAAUUAAAUAAAUAAAAGGGUAAUACCACUACAACAAGUGUACUUUCUGUAAGUGAAAUCACGGACGAGCCCCCAAAUAUGUUACAAGUUUUCUGCAUUACAUUAACCAAACAACAAACCCAUAGAGGGUAGGAACAUAUUUUUCUCUCAUUACUGUAAUCAUGUAGAAGUUGGAAAAUGGUUGUAUUCAUAUUGUAGCCCACCACCCAGUCAUCUUCACGUCUAUUGUUCUGCCUGACAUGUAGGCCUAACAUGUUUGGAGACAUGCAGGCCUUAAUUCAGCAUCUGUGGUUUGUGAGAAUAUGCUCUUCACAGUUAUCAUUGCCUCUAUGCCCGGGGUGCUCUCUCUUCGUCUGUUGUAUUUUGUGCCUUUCUGCUUUCAUCUAGCUAGCUUCCUUUGUGUUCUCUUCAUCUCAGUGGAAAGACGUAGGUUAUGUGUCCACUUGCAACGUGACAACAGGGCAACAGACAAAAUGUUGUAAGACGAGGGAGGAGCAUUUUCUUUUUUUUACAAUGCUGCCCUGGACUUACAGUACUAAUUCUAACAUCAUUUGUUCUUUGGUCUGUCCACUAUCACCAAUGUGGUGUUUAAUAUUAUUAUUGGAGUAGUUAGCAUAGUACUGUAUACCAAAUGCUGAUUUUAUCCAGUAUCACAAGAUUGGUGGUGUUAGGUUGAUAAUGAAGUUAUAUUUGAGAGCAACAGAAAGUCAUUGUGUUCACACUAGUUGCCUUUCCGCUUUCACUGGAUGAAUCAUGCAUUAUGGGAGCUUGUUCCCUCAAAGUGUCAGUGAAAACAAGCGUCCUGCAAAAAGACUGUUUCAGUUACACCGUUUUACAAUUCCUUGUCUGUGCUUCCCUUUCUGUCACUUCUCCAUAAUACUUGGUAUUUUGGUUAGGCCGGCCCUGUUUCUGAAGCUUCCCCUUUUUCCCCUAUAGAUUCCUAUAAUUCAUUAUUUCCACUUCUUCCUCUUUGGGUGUACAAACAAGGUAGACACAUGAGGAAAUCAGCCACCAUAACAUGCAAAUGAGGUUGAGGGGUUUGCAAGGAGUGUUUAUUCCCACUAAAACUUGUGCUUAUUGUGCUUAUUGAGAUGAUAAAUGUUGAUUAAAAUGAUUGUUACAAAGUUAUUGAAAAGAAUGACAGUUCUGCAGACCCGUCGCCGGGAUAAAGUGACUAAGGGGGCAGUUGAAAUCAGUAUUAUUGUUUGAAUUUUUGGAGAGCUACCUACCACUGGGCACAGACGUCAGUUCAACGUCUAGUUUUGAUUUACAUUUGGUUGAGUUGUCAACUAAAGUGAAUUCAACAGGAAAUAAACAAAACAUUUCACCAUGUCAUUGGAUUUAGGUUAAAAGUUGGGUGAAAAAAUACAAAAUUCCCUUACUUUGAUGACUUUUUAAAAAUUAAAUCAGUUUUCCACGUUGAUUCAACAUCUUCACAUUGAAUUUUUGUUGUUGAAAUGAUAUAGAAACAACGUCGAUUCAAUCAGUUUUAGCCUAAUGGGCUAUGUGUUCAGAUAGUGUUUUUAAGUUAUUGUUUUAUCCCUUACUUGUUUGGUGGGCGUGUGUGUGUGCAUGUGUGUGUGUGUGCGCGCGUACGUGCAUGCGUGUGUGUGUUUUUACCAUAGUUUGUUGGUCUGGUUGACACCGUUGCCAUCCUUAGUUUCACACGGCUUCCUGUGUCUCUGUUUCCUGUUUAUCUUGCUGUCAUUUUCACAGAAGAGUGAUGAUGAGAGAUGCAGUAUGAGUUUCCCCAUCUCCAUUAGCAAAGGUUUAAAAUAAAUACAGUGGGGGAAAAAAGUAUUUAGUCAGCCACCAAUUGUGCAAGUUCUCCCACUUAAAAAGAUGAGAGCGGCCUGUAAUUUUCAUCAUAGGUACACGUCAAAUAUGACAGACAAAUUGAGGAAAAAAAAUCAGAAAAUCACAUUGUAGGAUUUUUUAUGAAUUUAUUUGCAAAUUAUGGUGGAAAAUAAGUAUUUGGUCACCUACAAACAAGCAAGAUUUCUGGCUCUCACAGACCUGUAACUUCUUCUUUAAGAGGCUCCUCUGUCCUCCACUCGUUACCUGUAUUAAUGGCACCUGUUUGAACUUGUUAUCAGUAUAAAAGACACCUGUCCACAACCUCAAACAGUCACACUCCAAACUCCACUAUGGCCAAGACCAAAGAGCUGUCAAAGGACACAAGAAACAAAAUUGUAGACCUGCACCAGGCUGGGAAGACUGAAUCUGCAAUAGGUAAGCAGCUUGGUUUGAAGAAAUCAACUGUGGGAGCAAUUAUUAGGAAAUGGAAGACAUACAAGACCACUGAUAAUCUCCCUCGAUCUGGGGCUCCACGCAAGAUCUCACCCCGUGGGGUCAAAAUGAUCACAAGAACGGUGAGCAAAAAUCCCAGAACCACACGGGGGACCUAGUGAAUGACCUGCAGAGAGCUGAGACCAAAUGAACAAAGCCUACCAUCAGUAACACACUACGCCGCCAGGGACUCAAAUCCUGCAGUGCAAGACGUGUCCCCAUGCUUAAGCCAGUACAUGUCCAGGCCCGUCUGAAGUUUGCUAGAGUGCAUUUGGAUGAUCCAGAAGAGGAUUGGGAGAAUGUCAUAUGGUCAGAUGAAACCAAAAUAUAACUUUUUGGUAAAAACUCAACUCGUCGUGUUUGGAGGACAAAGAAUGCUGAGUUGCAUCCAAAGAACACCAUUCCUACUGUGAAGCAUGGGGGUGGAAACAUCAUGCUUUGGGGCUGUUUUUCUCCAAAGGGACCAGGACGACUGAUCCGUGUAAAGGAAAGAAUGAAUGGGGCCAUGUAUCGUGAGAUUUUGAGUGAAAACCUCCUUCCAUCAGCAAGGGCAUUGAAGAUGAAACGUGGCUGGGUCUUUCAGCAUGACAAUGAUCCCAAACACACCGCCCGGGCAACGAAGGAGUGGCUUCGUAAGAAGCAUUUCAAGGUCCUGGAGUGGCCUAGCCAGUCUCCAGAUCUCAACCCCAUAGAAAAUCUUUGGAGGGAGUUGAAAGUCCGUGUUGCCCAGCGACAGCCCCAAAACAACACUGCUCUAGAGGAGAUCUGCAUGGAGGAAUGGGCCAAAAUACCAGCAACAGUGUGUGAAAACCUUGUGAAGACUUACAGAAAACGUUUGACCUGUGUCAUUGCCAACAAAGGGUAUAUAACAAAGUAUUGAGAAACUUUUGUUAUUGACCAAAUACUUAUUUUCCACCAUAAUUUGCAAAUAAAUUCAUUAAAAAUCCUACAAUGUGAUUUUCUGGAUUUUAUUUUCUCAUUUUGUCUGUCAUAGUUGACGUGUACCUAUGAAGAAAAUUACAGGCCUCUCUCAUCUUUUUAAGUGGGAGAACUUGCACAAUUGGUGGCUGACUAAAUACUUUUUUUCCCCACUGUAUAUAUUAUCCAUCUGUUAUGUUUGAUCUGGAACACUGAUCACAAGAACCCACUGCAUGAGUUCAGCAAAUUUGUUUCAAAGUUUUAUCCUAGUGUACUCAGCCAAUAAAGUUGAAUUGAGGAUUGUUGCACAGAAAGUGCUGAUUUAAAUGCUCUCACUCCGUAAUGAACUAUUGCUAUAAGUAAGUUAAUUGGAGGUGAGGCAUGGUCUCACAGAUGUUCAUAGACUUCAUAGACUAAAACAACCAGUCAUGUAGAGGGAGACACAAACACAUGCCUUUAAACUAACAGUCACAUAUUGUCCCAUAAAAAGUCAAAGAUAGUAAUAUAGUAAUGUACUCAUAUUUCUACACAGGUAGGCUAUAGUCCCCCAGAAACAUGUUCCUAUUCUAAACAGUGGCCCACUGCCCUCUUUUCCAGCCUGUAACAUUAAAGUUGAGGCUCGCAGUGACGAGGAGAAUGGGCUCGCCAUUGACAUGAUGAUGAAUGGCGAGGAGGAGGAGGAGUGUGCGGAAGACUUGCGCGUGCUCGAUGCCUCGGGGGCCAAAGUGAACGGCUCCCAUGCAGGCGGCCCCGACAGCAAGGGCCCCUUCUCCUCGGCUGGGGGUAUCCGCCUGCCCAACGGGAAGCUCAAGUGUGAUAUCUGUGGGAUAGUUUGCAUUGGCCCCAAUGUGCUGAUGGUGCACAAGCGAAGCCACACUGGUAAGCCAUCCGCGAUACUCAUCGCCCUUACUUUGCACCCACGCUCACUGGUAGCCUUACAGAGAGAUUAUGUGUAUGUGGAGUGGAGAAGAUGAGAUUGAUUCUGUCUUUAUCUUCACUUGAGACACUGAGAGCAGUAGACAGAACACUGUUAGGGUUAGUCUGUGUUCUUAUGUCUUAUUCCAAAGUUGUCUACAGAGCAUGAGUUAUAGGCUUCAACACAAGUAAUUGGGGUUUCACACUAUAUAUUUAGAGUUGGCCAUUUACAUGGUAUUUACUUGGAAAUCUAAAAUGAUAAUUACAUGCUUAUCACCUAAUAAAUAUGUUUUUGUAUAUUUAACCACUAAGUAGGCUACCAUGCGACAGUGCUAGGCAUCCACCGAUUGUGUUGAAUUCUAAGAGAUAAGCACCAGGAGCUGCUAACUGUUACUAUGUAAUUUCUCAUUAAGUGAAGUGCAAUGAAGCAGUUGAAUACUUGUUUCGCAAAAGUUAUUACUUAAACAACUGGAGUUAAUUGAUGAUGGCAGUGCUUAACAGGAGUAGAUUAUGUGUUAUUAAACACUCUAUUGAGUUUUUGAUGUGGAUAAUAUAGAGCUUUCAUUGGUUUGUAUUAGUCAAAUGAGUUUCAGAGGCAUCUCUUCCCAUAGUUGCUGUGCUAUAGUCUAUAUAUUGGUCUAUAAUACUGUAAAGGGAUGUUUUAGACUGAAAUAUUGACGUAUUAGUCAAGUAUGUCAUGUGUCAUUUGUAGUAUCUACAGUAUAUUCUGUAUGGGUGACUGAGGAAGCCACUAUACAAUUUUCAUUCUCUGAGUGUUCUUUUAAAUUAUCACAUGAGAGAAGUGGCUCGUGAUCUAUUUGUUGUGUGAUAAGAUUGAAAAAGUAUGAUCAAUAUAAUCCCUAAACAUGCCCUUAUAUCACAGUUGAAAAACAGGAUAUCUGCAGCAAUUAAAUGGAAUCUCCACAAAAUGGCAAUUAUCCGAGUAUUACACGUUUUUCAAAAUUCAGAAUUGAUAUUCUAUUGUAAUGAACCCAAACCAGUGGCGGGGAACAUUUUUCAAAAAGGCACUUAACUGUCAAGCUUUAGAAACUAAUGAAACCCAAAAUGGAAGAAAGGAACACUAGACUAAUGUAAAUGCAAAAUAACAUAUAAUAAAAUAUAUAAUGAAGUGCCUCCUAUUUAAAUAGAAAAUAUUCUGUGGUGUCUCUGCUCCUGAAAUGCAUUUUUAAUGAGUUUCCUUUUUUUCUAUAAUUUUGCUGCUUCACUGGUAACUCUUAUUUUAUGGGGCCUUUUGAAAAAAAAAAAGCCAUAUUAAAACCUUCUCACAGAAUGCCACAACACUCAGAGAGGCUAGAUAUUGGUUUAUUCCAGAACCACUGAUCAGGAAGACUGGCUCUCAACACAAAGUGUUUCCUUCACUUUAUUCAAAUGAGCUUGAAUUUGCAUUGUGAUGGGCUGCUCUUAUUUUAGAGACGAAGAAGAGAAAAAAAAAAGAGAUUUUCUGAUCAAAUUGACCCAGGCACUGGUGCAUUACAGAACUGGCAGCCUGAGUCUGAAAGGCUCUUGUUCGAUCAAAGUGCCAUUCGGCUACGAGGUUCAGGGCCAGGGAGUGCAUGGAGAAAUGAAGUGUCACUCCGUUCUCAAACCCUCCUAGGCUGGUUGAUUGGCCUGUGCACAGAGUUCCUCCAUCAUUCACUGUGUUCUAGUGCUUGGGAGUCUUGUAGUACUGUGACCCCACAUUCACAUCCACAGUGGCGCUAUUGCUGGAGAUGGUUUAGUUCUUGCAUCCACAUAGCAAAAUUCAGACAAUGGUUUUAUACCUGGCUCAUUAUUCUCUGAAGAGAGGCUGUUCUCGUUGAGCCGAGCUGACAUUGGUGUGGCUCAAAGCAAAAUACAAACUCCGAAUGGUUGAUAAACUGAUACAAAUCACAAAUAGGUCCAUCUUAUACUGUAAGAUGACAAAAGAGAAAGCAUGUUCAUACAUUCACCACACACUGUCAACACUUUGCAUUAAUCCUUGUUUAUAUAAAACAUAUAUAAUUCCAUUCAUAUAGGCCUACUCUUACAAAUAAAGUACUAAUCUACAGUAAUGUAUAUUAUUGUCAUUUUGUGUCAGCUCAUAAAACAAGAUUUUGCUGAAAAUGUUCCUCUUUUCUACAUGAUAAUAUUUACAUAACUCAAAGACACCUAUACUCCAGUUAUGUAUUUGAGAGAUUACAAAAGUGUGCUUGUUAGUGAAAAAUAUGCAAACACUCAUUUGCAAUGUGCCACUUACAUUGAAAGUGUUGAUACAUACUGUAGAUGAGUGGCAGCUGCUCCUGUGUGAUGGCCCUAACAGCCUGCUGUGUGGUGUUUCUGGUCCUCAGGAGAACGUCCAUUCCAGUGUACCCAGUGUGGCGCUUCUUUCACCCAGAAAGGCAACCUGCUGCGUCAUAUCAAGCUCCACUCAGGAGAGAAGCCCUUCAAGUGUCACCUGUGCAACUAUGCCUGUCGCAGGAGAGACGCCCUCAGCGGUCACCUACGUACCCACUCUGGUGAGUUAGGAGGAUAGGAGUAGUGGUCAGUGUGUUGUGGACAUUAGGGCAUGCAACAUUUUAAAAGGGUUUGCAACAGAUGUUUUUUUUUUUUUUUCACCAUGUAGUCCCUCCCUGUUUCAUUCCGAUGUCUCCCGUUUAGGGCCUAAUUAACUUUCCAGGUGGUGGUACUUACCCAGUGGAAUUGUGAGGGAACACCUUCCCUGUACUCUGUGGUCUUAGUGUGGAGUGGGAACCAUCCCACUGGGCACACACUGGUUGAAUCAACGUUGUUUCCACGUCAUUUCAAUGAAAUUAUGUUGAACCAACGAGGAAUAGACGUUGAAUUGACUUCUUUGCCCAGUGGGAUAUCUGUCAUCUGCAAACAAAUUAUUAUAAAUGUAUCAUGUCAAUGAAACAUGGGACUGGAUCUAUUGGAGAAGGAAAAAGAAUGCCAUUAUUAUAACUCAAAUACAACAUAUACAUGUACACCAAUCACAAUAUGGACAGUACAAUGGACAUCUCACAUGCUUGAAAAUUGCUCUCAAUUAAUUGCUGUCAAUACUCACUGCUGUCACUUCUUGCAGUUGGAAAACCCCACAAAUGCGCCUACUGUGGGCGGAGCUACAAGCAGCGUAGCUCUCUGGAGGAACACAAGGAGCGGUGUCACAACUAUCUCCAGUGCAUGGGGCUGCAGAACAGCAUCUAUACAGGUUAGUUAGUGUCAGUCUCUCACCUCCACCCACACUGUUGACCUACUUUGAACUUGGCUACGCGUCACCACUCAGGACUCUCUCUGGUAGCAACAUUAAUGCACCAACAAUGUUGAAAUUGCAACAAUACUCCAACAGGUCAGACUAGAUUUUAUAACAUUUAUCUGCAGAAUAAAUGUUGUUUCUCUAUCAGAUGCAAGGCUUCCAUAAUGUAUUGGAGUGCUUUUUGCUGUUACUGUUGACUCAUACCCAGUUAUUCUAAAGGGGAAAACACUUUAUUCAGUAAAGAAAUGUGGUAAAAAAGGUCUUCAAGUUUUACUACUUCAUUCUGUGAAUCAAAGAACCAUAAAUAGGAGCAUGACGUACUUUUUCUGCAAUCUUUUCAGUUCAUGUUUUGUUAAAAAUAAAUUGACAGUUCUGCUAAAAUCUUAUAAUAAUUUACUGAAUGUGGAACAUGGCUUAAAGUUAAAUAAAUAUAGUAAGAUAAUGUGGCUUUUGCUCACGUAAAACUAUCUCUUAUACAAAGGAUCCAUUGAGGGUGGAUGUACAUGUAGCCUACUGAACUGACAACAUUAGGAAGUGGGGCGAGAGUGCAGAGGUUAAGAAGAGGAAAUUAGAAGAGGAAAUUACGAGAAAGGUUGACCACUCUGCUUUGCUUAGUCAGUAAGGCCAAUGUAUACCAACUGCUGCAUGUCUGUCAAUAAAGGCCUCAUCAUCAUUGUGCCCUGUAUCUACUGUCAGGGAGGGAUGCUUUAGCAAAUUGUAGCAAGAUCCUGUUAUACAGUAAUUAUACAUUUUAUCAGGUCAGAUUUUACUACUUUGAUUCUGAAACCUACUUUUCUGUCUUGCUUUCCAGUAGUAAAGGAAGAAAGCAACCAGAAUGAGCAGAGGGAAGACUUAAGCCAGAUGGGAUCUAACAGAGCCUUGGUGCUAGACAGACUAGCUAAUAAUGUAGCCAAACGUAAGAGCACUAUGCCACAGAAGUUUGUAGGUAAGGGAUAAAGUCUUCUUCCUUCGUAUACCAACAAACAUUUCUGUAAUUGUAAAGCACAGGACUUAGGUUCCAAUUGUCAGAAUUGUGUAUUUCAGUUUGAUGCAUUCUUAUUUGCUACCUUUGCGCAGCAGAAUAUGCUAUUUAAUAAAACAGCACAUAUUCAGCAUGAUCACCCUUGUGCCUGGAAUCUGCAUAUCUUUAUAACAAUGUUUGAGCUUUAUUUAAGUUGAGCAAACAGAAUAUUUUCAUUGAUUUCAACUUGAUUCUUACGCUUGGUGUAUUAUACAUUUAUUUGAAGAUGACUCUUUCUUAAAUUAACAAUAAGAAUAUAUUUACAAAAUAUGUUAGAAAUAACAACAAAUAAAACGAAGUAAUCAGCCAUGAGAAAAAUGCAAAGAACGGAAUAUUCUAAAUAAGGAGAAUCACCUUUCAAUAUAAGUCAAACGUGACCAAUAAAUUGAUCACUAGAACUACAGGUAAACAUAAGUGCUUGUAAUGUUUGAUAUCAGGAAUCAGAGUUUUUUUAAAAUUUGAAUUGUAGGCUAACAUUGGUGUUCAUCUGUUUUCCCUUUCUAACCCUCAGGUGAGAAACGCCUCUCCGACAUCUCCUUCGAGGGUGGCCCGGGGGAACUGAUGCAGCCUCAUGUCAUCGACCAGGCCAUCAACAGUGCCAUCAGCUACCUGGGUGCAGAGUCUCUCCGACCGCUCAUCCAGACCUCCCCAACCUCUUCUGACAUGGGGGUCAUGAGCUCCAUGUUCCCCCUCCACAAGCCCCCUCCAGAGGGCCACGGCCUGUCAGCCAAGGACAGCGCAGCCGAAAAUCUGUUGCUGCUCGCAAAGUCCAAGUCAGCCUCCAGCGAGAAGGACGGCUCCCCCAGCCACAGUGGCCAGGAUUCCACCGACACGGAGAGCAACAAUGAAGAGAGGGCAGGUGUCGGGGCCUCGGGCCUCAUCUACCUGACCAACCACAUCACGUCUGGGGUACGUAAUGGCGUGCUGCCCCUGGUGAAGGAGGAGCAGCAGCGGCAGUACGAGGCCAUGCGUGCCAGCAUCGAGAUUGCCUCGGAGGGGUUCAAGGUGCUGAGUGGAGAGGGGGAGCAGGUGAGGGCAUAUCGCUGUGAACACUGCCGCAUCCUCUUCCUAGACCACGUGAUGUACACCAUCCACAUGGGCUGCCACGGCUUCAGAGACCCCUUUGAGUGCAAUCUCUGUGGCCACCGCAGUCAGGACCGCUAC